CAAUCGAAGUCAUCAGUUUCCAUACAUAUAGACAUCUACUUUUCACAGCACGAAUACUACAACCAAGGGUCUGGUGCUUUCCCUAAUGACAUCGCACUCCUUAUGUUCAACGAAUCCAUCACUGGUCCCGGUGCAGCAUCGGUGGCAAGAUUACCCGAUGAUGACCACAAAGACUUCGCUCCUCAUCGCUGUUCUAUAACGGGCUGGGGGUAUUCAGUAUACGGACAAGUUAUUCCUGACGUCCUGCAACAGGCUGAAAUGACUGUGAUGAAGGAGAAAUGGUGUGAGAGGGCAUUUGAAGAGUUUGGUGAUGGAAUAAUUAACGACGGACAUGUCUGUGUUAUAUCAGACGAUUCCUCAUCCUGUAAUGGCGACAGUGGCGGACCUUUAACCUGUGGGGACACCUUAGUCGGAGUGACAUCAUUUGGUAUAAUAGGAUGUCCUGCUGAAUAUCCGUCAGUGUACACACGGAUCACUCACUUCCGACAGUGGAUCAAAGAUAACUCCGGUGUGUGAAGUCAUGUGGGCAAUACUUAUUGGAAUGGCGGUCAUAUUCAAAAUAACAAAUCUUGUUUAUCUUAUUGUUGUUUUUUUUAAUCUGUUAAGUCAGAUUGAAUGAAAUAAAGAAUAUUACUAAAUUGACAACGCAACG